AUGCCGUCCCUCACUGUCGCCGGUCUCAUUGCCGCCGUCCUUUCCAUCACCACUACAGCAGCGGCACAAUGCGCGCCCGGUGCCGGUCCCAGGAUCAUCAAUGGCCGGACCUGCACCGUUCAGUGUGGCAUAGAUCGCCGAGGCGGUGACUACGAUCGCGCAUACACUGGUACCUUCGAAGGCUGUAUUCAGCUUUGCGCUGCCGCCUCAACUUGCGUAACCGCCCAAUACCACGGCAAGACUGGCUGGUGUUAUCUCAAAGAUUCACGGAACCCGGCCGAAACGAAUGUCGACGACGAUACGCCCAAGGUGACACCUGUAUACGAAGCUCCGAAUGCGCUUCUGGCUUGUGCACCUCCACAAAUUACUGCGGACCGCUACCGAGAGGUUAUUUUUGUGGGAUCAACAGUGAAUGCAUCUCGAAGAACUGCUAUAAAGAUCCUCCCACAUCGGGCUACGGCGAGUGUCGUUGAUGACUUCCCUGUGACCCACCUUCACAACGACAACUACAACUACCCACGGCUACAAGAUACACUCACCGCUACCACCACAACACAGACUCUGCGGCCCGGUCCCGGAAAGGCAUUCUUUCUGCCGCGCACAAUCCGUCUGCGCCUCCCAGCUUUUAUGAUGCUGAUCUCACCGCCGAGGGCGGGCUAUUGA